AGGCAUCAGGCCCCCAGGCGGGGCGGCGGGCGCCAGGCCCCCAGGGCGGAGCGCGGGCCCGGGCCCCCGGGCGGAGCGGCGGGGCCCGGGCCCCCAGGCGGAGCGGCGGGUGCUGGGCCCCCAGGAGGGGCGACAGGCAUCGGGGCCCCUAGGCGGAGCGACAGGCAUCGGGCCCCAGGUGGGGCGACGGGUGCCGGGCCCCCAGGCGGAGUGGCUGCUGGACCCCCAGGAGGGACGGCAGGCACCGGGCCCCCAGGCGGAGCGGCGGGCACCGGGUCAUCAGGCAUGACAACGGGCAUCGGGUCACCAGGCAUCAGGUCAUUUGGCUCGACAGCGGGCACUGCGUCAUCUGGCAAGGCAGUGUGGUACCGACGCGAGUCACCAGGCACGACAGUGGGCUGAGUCAAAAGGCACGGCAGCGGGCACCGGGUCAUCAGGCUGGGUAGAAACAUCAUGCUGGGUAAAGGCAUCAGGCUGAAUGGAGGCAUCAGGCUGAGUAGAGGCAUCAGGCUGAGUAGAGGCAUCAGGCUGAGUAGAGGCAUCAGGCUGAGUAGAGGCAUCAGGCUGGGUAAAGACAUC